GUGAAGUAUUAUAUUAAGAAGAUAUUGUUUUACAUGUGUCUGACUGUUCGUGGCUUGUCAGUACAACAACUACAAAACCUGUUUGCUGAAUUUUUUUGAGCAAGUGGACAGGUGUUACCAUGAAGAUCGUGCUUGUUGUCAGCGUGGUCCUUGCUGCUGCUCUGUCUCGGUCUGACGCACAAAGAGACGGAGGGUCUGGCGGAUCUGGCGGAUCUGGCGGUGUCGUUGGGAAAGGCGUAAAUGGCGGCGUUCGCCGAUGUGGAUCCGGUGGACACAGCGAUAGCGGACGAGGUGGAAUAGACGAUGGCGUGUCUGCACUAGUAGUCGCAGGAAGUUUACCUCAAGACAAUGGCAAAAUUGGCGGGGAUAUGGGUCGAGACGGUAGCCGAGUUAGUGGAGAUGUAGGGCGAGACGGUGUGCGAGUUAGUGGAGUAAUGAGUCGAGACGGAGGCCGAGUUGGCGGAGAUAUGGGUCGAGACGGUGGCCGAGUUAAUGGAGACAUGGGUCGAGACGGUGGCCGAGUUGGCGGAGAUACAAAUCGAGACGUUGGCAAAAUUGAUACAGUUUUAAGUCAAGACAGUGGUCGAGUUGGUGGUAAUACGGGUCGGGACGGCGGUCGAAUCGGUGACGAUGUUGGUCGAGACGUUGGCGAAGUAGGGGGAGGUGUAGUCCGAGACGGUGGUAAAGUUGGUGUAGAUAUGAAUCGGGGCGGCGGUGUAAUUGGCGGAAUAGUAGGCGGAGAUGUAGGCAGAGACGGUGGCAUAGUUGGCGUUGAAACGGGUCGAGAUAGUGGCCGAGUUGGCGCAGAUGUAGGCCAAGACGGUGCUCGAGUUGGCAAUGAUAUGGGCCGUGCCACUGGUCAAGUUGGCGUAGAUAUGGGUCAAGGCCGUGGCCAGAUUGGCGGCGAUAUUGGUCGAGACGGUGGCCAAGUUGGCGGAGAAAUGGGUCGGAACGUUGGCCAAGUUGGCUCAGGACCCAGAAACUAA